AAUCAUGUACGUUGAAUCCUGCCUAUAAAGAGCUUUUCUCGUGUCGUCGCCAAAGUCAAGGCGGAGCUGGGCAACCGUGAUUGAAGUUGUUGAGAAUAGCCGCGAAAAUGAUUGAGCCCGAGCAGUUGCCCCUGCCGAACUCAGCUCGCUCGCUCUCUGCUAUGAGCUCACAUUGUUUUGUAGCAUUUGUCUAUUUUGACUCUCUCAUCACAUCCGCCACCGAGUGGGAAAAGAGACGCAUCAUGACUCUAAUUGUACAGCCUUGUUUCUUUUUUCCCCUCUGCUUCCUUUUUAACUCUACACUCUUGACUCCCUCCCUGCUCCUUUGCAGAUUCCACUCUUGCUGGGUCCUCGGUGAUGGUGGUGUGUUGGGUCCCAGGCUAUGGACUCUCAAAUUGCCGUCAAGAAGAGCACCGCUCCUCCGAAUCACUAGCGAGAUUGGGGGUCCCCUAUCGUCUUCUCGAAGCCCGCCCUGGCCCCAUCGCUUCAUGCUAGAGGUAAGGAAGGCUCCAUUGCCCGCAAUUUUGGAACCACUUUUGGAACCAUUUUCACCUCCAAUCUCAAUUGCACUCAAUCUCGACCACCGAACAAUCUCUGAAUGCAAAAUUAUCGCCGUCCUAGCGCGCAUUGCACAUGAGCAUUACCAAGGUGGGAUUUGCCUGGUCCACCCAUCGUCGUCCGCUCCCUGUCGGUUUCUAUACGUAGUAUACACUACCACUGAUUACCACGGCAUUGUCUCUCCAACCAGUUCGCACCCCUCCAGGCCCUCGUCGCACUCGUCCCACCCCUCGCAAUUCCCCUGUCGACCGUGUGAGACGGAGACGGUUCUGCGACGAGAAUAUCGGAGACGCGAUCCACGUCUGGGGCAUUUCCACCGAGGGACAAGCCAGUGGGCAGUCCAGGUCUCCAGGACGUCGAGCACCCCAAUCCAGUUCUACAGUGUACCUGUACCACAGCACAGUCAAGGGUACCCGGUGCCGCGGAAGGGCCGUCGCCGCCACCGUCCAUCAAUCACCGUACCGAAACACCAUAUCCCUACGGGCAUUGGGCAUUGGGGACAAGCAGAACUUGAGACAGACGCAACCAGGCAACGCACCAGCGAACAAGAGAGGCCGACCUUUGGAGUACACCUACACUACAUCAUAGGACGCCUGUGCUUCGAGCUAGACAUCGCGCCGUGCCUGGCCCUGGACUGAAGUGGGAGAUCGAGCCUACUCACUAUAUUACUUGGCAGUACGCUCGCAGGUACAGGUAGCUUAUCAGAGUCUACCUCGUAUCCCUCCUGUAUAGC